UUACAUUUAGUCGUUUUCGAAUAUAAUAAGUAUGUAAGCAUUUUACAUAAAAAAAUCUUUUUUCUAUUUCAAAUCAAUAGAAGUAUUAAACAUACAUAUAUCGCAAAAAUGAUUGAUAUUUUAUCGUUGCCGCGCCGCAACAAAGUGGUUGUUGGCCAAGUGACGUCCAAGCAACCUAGUUACAAGACUGGAUUACCCAUAAAUAGUUUGCCAGGCUGGGAGCUAAUACCGCUCAAUUGUAAGCUGCCCAUGCUCAAGUGUCCCGGCAAUCAGGUGAUAUUCUCAAAGGAUAAGAUUGGCAAUACGUUCAAAUGCAGCAUGCAAGAAUUUGACUCUUCAAUGACGGUGCACAUCCCAGAGUACAAUCCGUUGCAUGACUCGAAUUUGAAGACCUUUUACUCGAACGAACGUAAUUUAAAGCGACUGCGCGAGAAUGGCGAGAUCACAGAUGAGAACGAGGUCAUUUGCAACCUGAAGGACUUUAAUCAGUAUCGCGAGGAUCUGCACAAAUCGCAGCUGUACUAUGUGCUGCAGGCAUACAGGCAACGCGAAGCCGAGCGUCAUGAUCGUUUGCUGAUUGCCAAUGCUGAAAGCAUUUCUCGACGCGAUGAUCUGAAUCCGGCAGGACGGCAUCACACCAAGGAAGAGGUCCUGGCGCGAAAGCAACGUCUGGACGAGGAGCGACACAUGCGCAAAGUGCAACUAUACAACAUCACCGAGGAGAAGUUCAAGCGGCUGGAGAAUAUGGCGGCCAUGCAACAGAUGCUGUUGGAGCAUCGCAAGAUGCUCACAAAUAUGCGUGUGCAGACGCACAUUGGACUGCAUCAGGAUUUGCAGCGCAAGCAUUUGAUCAAGUUGAAGAAACUGUUUCAGUUCAAGAAGGAUCGCUAUAACAAGAACAUGCGCAAUCUGCACAAACAGCGACUAAUGAAGCACACCGAAGGCCAAAUACAAUCCUGGCACAAGCGUCUCAAUGAACGCAUUGAGAAUCAGCGACGUAUCGAUUUGUUGCUCAGUGAAAUGGAAACGGAACGCGAGAGUUUCAUUGAGAGCCACAAGGAGCGAUAUCGCGCCAAAUGGGAAGCCAUUCAGAAUAGCAUUAAGGAUCGUUCACGCCAGGUGGCCAAAGCCCGUAAGCCUAAGCGUUCUAAGGGCAAGAAAUCAAGGAAACCCCCUGUGUCCAAGCGCACACAACCUUCGUUCUGUGACGAGUUCCAGGCUACCUUUGAUGGUCUGCUGGACAGCGAACUUUGCUAUGCCCUUAACGCAGCCAUUGCCUUGGAUGGACAUGCUCCUGUUACCUUCGCUACCAAUGAUCCCAUCUAUAAGGCUGCCCAAUAUAUUCUCAAUCACAUAUUACAGGACUUUAACAUCGAUUUGAGUGACGAUGAGUGUGCGAUGUCUGUGCUCAUCAGUCGCAUCAUGAACUUUAUGUGCGAUGCCAAGAAAUAUGUGAAUUAUAAAUCGGUUCAAAUCAUUGGCUUUGCUCGUGAUAACAAGGCCAUGGAGAUACCCUCGACUACAGUGAAGAUUCCCAUGCAACCCAAGAAUAAUUCACGUGUCUCGCACGUCUCAUUCAGCGGAGUUGCCUGCACCAUUGGCAUGGGCAGCUACGAGAUCCAUCCGUUUGUCGAUGUGCGUCCCUGCACCGAUCGCCGUCCAACGCCAGCGGGAUCGCUUACCUCGCUGGUGGUCAGUCAAAUUGGUGACCAGGUCGUGCAGGAGAAAGUUCACUUGCCGCAUCUGAAUCGCAGUCAAGUGGUGUUCAUUGAACACUAUUUGGUCAAGUUUAAACGCGAACUUUUGGUCGGCUUGGAUAAACAAGUGUUUGCCGCCAUACAGUGUCACUUUGAGAAUCGCAUCAUGGAGGUACGUGAGGAGCUGCUCGAACUGGACAAAGACUUCCUUUACAAGCAAAUUGCCGUUGGCAUAUUGAGUUUUGCGGUCAAUCCUCUCAACUUUGAGACGGCUUUGAUGCUGGCUGUCAAUGUGCUGGCUAGCGAAAUCAUUUGGGAGCUGCAGCAGUCGCUGCUCAAGCCUGGCAUCGAUCCACGCGGCAUGUCGCAUCCGACUAGCUGCGGAAGUGACCGUGAUCGCGAACGGCGUUCUCUAUGCUCAAAUUAGCGUGUGAAAUUCCCUCCCAAUUCGCAAUUUUUUACCCGCCCAAUCAGGAGGAACAUAUACAGAAUCCACAGGUUUUGUAGUGUGUGUGUUAUAGUACAAAUUGUAAGUAAAUAUAUAUGUAGUAUCCACUUACUGUAUGAGUGUGCGAUAAAUAUUUAGAACGAA